GGUCCCCGUAAAUAAGAAGAAUAUGGAGAUCCUUGCGACACCCAACAACGCAUCUAAUUGCGAGGCCUGGUCCAGCGUCUGCUUCCCCUUCUCUUCUUUUUCUUCUCCGGCGAACCUAGUGUUUGCCGGGUUAUUCUCUGGCGAACGUCAAGGCGGUCUACUCGCCCCUCGUCUCAGGGAGAAAUGGCCAAUGAAACUAGUAAGGACCAAGCUAAGGAAUCUUCAGCUGCUCCAUAUUCUGAAAACAAGGACACUGUGAAUGCAAAGGGAAAAUGGAGAGGAAUAAUCUCUCGAAUUUGGAAUGGACUUUUUAGAAUACAUAGUGAUGAUUUUGAAAAGAGACUGCAACACAUUUCUAAGGAAGAAGCCUCUGUUCUAGCUAGAAAAAGGAAGAGAUCUCAAAGUUGGAGGAGAAUGGCGAGGCAUAUUAUAAUAUUCUCUGUGAUUUUUGAGGUUAUUGCAGUGGGUUAUGCCAUCAUGACAACAAGGUCAACAGACUUGGACUGGAAGAUGAGGGCAUCUAGGGUUUUGCCCAUGUUUCUUUUGCCUGGCUUAUCUGCUGCUGCUUAUUCAGCGCUUAUGAGCUUUGUACAGAUGUGUGACCGAAAAGACCAAAAAACUCUUGAAAGGCUUCGAGCUGAGAGGCAAGCAAAAAUCGAUGAACUUAAGGAGAAGACAAACUAUUACAUUACACAACAGCUCAUUCAGAGAUAUGACACCGACCCAACGGCGAAGGCAGCUGCUGCAACUGUCUUGGCAUCUAAGUUGGGUGCAGAUUCAGGCUUGACAGUGCGUGUUGGAGAUGAACCUAACCAAAAUAUGCCGAAAGGGAAGAGUAAUGAUGUGGAAUUUGUGGAAUCAAGUGGGCUUCGGAACCGAAAACAUCUACAGACCAAAUCCAGUAGUCCAGGGAGCAGAGUGUUGCAGCAUUCAAAUGAAGAAAUGCCAAUAAAUGAGGGGGCAGGAGUCCCUGGGGUUUUGGAGAAUAGAGAACCAGUUGUCGAGCAUCACGAUCAAGGAUCAAGUGCAAAUGAUGGGGGUUGGUUUGCUCGAAUUGCUGCGUUGCUCGUUGGCGAGGAUCCAACACAGUCAUAUGCGCUUGUAUGUGGCAACUGUCAUAUGCACAAUGGUGAGUACAAUACAAGGGUACAUAUCCUUCUAGGGAUGCCCCUAAUUUAUACAAUUCAUAUGGGAUAUUUUUCAGAUCCCUUUCUCAGCAUCUCCCAUGUCCUAUUUAGGCGCCACAACAGUAAAACCAAAUCCUUUGUUAAUCCCUCACAGAUUGUGGUGUGGCGUUAUGAAAGUGAAAUUUCUGUCUCCAUCUUUGUACAGGGCUCGCCAGGAAGGAGGACUUCCCAUUUAUUACCUACUACUGCCCACACUGUCACGCCCUAAAUAGAUCAAAACAAACAGAAGAGCAUGUUUCUAGUUACAAUCCUGAUCACAGUGUCUCGACUACAGUAAGCAGCGAAGAGAUCAAUAACGCGAGUGGUUCUCCAAGUGAUAGCGUUCGGGCAACCGUGAAGGCUGCAGCGGAGAUGGCAAUAGGAAGCGAAAGGGUAACAUCAGAGAAUUUAGCUGGUUAAAAGGCAAAUUUGUGUGAGCGUGUGUAGAGUGGGUGUUCAUGUUUUUUCCUUGGAUUGUCUGCGGGUGUUUGUGAUUAGGUGAUAUGGAUGGGGGGAGAGGUUUUGUUUACUUCGUCUGGUACAACAGAAACUCGAGGGAUUUCUUGCACAAGAAACUUCUGUGAUAUAUACUUUAGUAUGUAGGUUACUGGCGUGGGCGUAGUUCAAGAGUCAGCUGAAUGUUGAUAAAAAUCAUAUUUUUAUUAUAUUUUGAUAAAAAUCGUUCUACAUUCCUGCUGUA